CAGUAGCAGCCCUCGCCCUGAGCUACCAUGGUCAUCAAGACGGAGGUCUGCGCGUUCUCGGACACCCGUAUCUACCCGGGGCACGGUGUGCGCUUCAUCCGCAGGGAUGGGCAGCCCAUCACCCUCUUCUCGGCUAAGUGCAAGAGCUUGCUGAAGCAGAGGAAGAAGCCGGCGAAGCUGACUUGGACCCAGGCAUGGAGGCGCCUCAACAAGAAGAUCAAGGUGGAGGAGGUCACCCGCCGCCGCACCCGCAAGACCACCAAGCUCAACCGCGCUAUCGUGGGAGCCUCGCUGGAGGAGAUCAAGAAGAAGCGCAGCCAGAAGCCCGAGGUCCGCAGCGCGCAGCGCGAGGCGGCCGCCAAGGAGGUGAAGGCACGCAAGGCCGCCAACAAGGCCGCGAAGGGCUCUGCCGCGGCGAUGAAGGCCAAGCCCACUGCUUCCAAGCAGAAGGGCGGCAACACCAAGGCCCGCGGGGGAGCCAAGCGCUAAGGCUGUCAUCAAGCCAAGACAGACCACUCCGUCUUGCGUUGCCGCUGAUUCUUCGGCAAAGACGCAUGAUGGCGACGGCUGCCCGAAGAGUUUGCUGAGAGCUUCGUGCGAGUCUGCUGCGUCCUUGCGCCUUCACUAGGCAGGGGAAUAGAUGGCUGGCUCAAAGCGACUGAACUCGUUGCUGCUACUUUGUGCUCUUGUCUUGGCAUCUGCUCUGCUCGGGUUGAUGCAGGGGUGGAUGGGAUGCGCUGCGUGGGCCUAGUUUUUUGCCAGCCGCAUGCGAAUUUCGAUUUAGUGGGUGCGCUUGAUUCGUGUCGCUAGGAUCGUUUAUCGCUGCUGCUGCUGCGAAGCACUGGGUGGGUGGGGGCGAAAAAGAC